GGAGCUGAAGAAGGACCACGCGGAGAUGCAAGCAGCUGUAGACUCCAAACAGAAGAUCAUUGAUGCCCAGUCGUACCCCACUGCAGAAGCUAAGGAAGAUAGGAGAUCAGGAUCUCUGCUCCAAGAAGUCAGACUUGAGGGUCUCGGUGGACCACAAGCUCACUAGGACAGGCUAUGAAAAGGGCAGGGCAACUCCUCCCCUGCGGGGGCAGCUCGGAGAAGCGCAUCGCCUCACUGGAUGCGGCCAACGCCCGCCUCAUGAGCGCCCUGACACAGCUGAAAGAGAGUAUGCGUUAGAAACAAAAGCCCGCUCGCUCGCUCGCUCGCUCGCUGGAACACAGGGGCCUUUUAAAUUGAGCGUGCGCACUGCAUGGGAAAUAGCGGCCCUGGAGGAUGUUAGACUUGCUCCCUCUCCAAGACAGCAGCAGCCUGCACCCGCCCCGUGUGUGCGGCCGGCCUCUGCCUCACCCCUCCCGGGCCCAGCCGAGGACCCAGGCGCUGCAGACAGGGAGGUGCUCACCCGCGGCUGGGGCCGGUUUCCCUCAGCUCUAGGCUGUUCUGUAGCUUAUCGGCCCUCCCCGCCCCCCCCUUGCGGGACCUAGGUGGGCAGGAGCGUGGGUCCCUCUCGUCCCUCCCUGUUCCCACGCCUGGCCCUGGGGAAUCUCAGGCAGGAGCUGGGGCGUUCACCCUGCAGCCAGGAGCCGCCCCGUCUGCCUCAGCCGUGGGAAACUGGGGAGACCCCUUCCUGCUGCUGGGGCUGGAGACGCUCCACCAGGGCCCAGGUUGCCCCAGAGCCCCCCAGGAAGGGGAGCACGGCGGGGGGCUCGGACCACACUGCACCCUGUCCUGGGGUGAAACCAGUUCAGUUAGCCCAGAGACCCGCUUGUGGGGAGAGGGCAGGACCCCCAAGGGUCACAGACCUCAGGAAGGCAGGCCGUGGGGGGCGGAGGCCUUGCCCCACUCCUCUGGCCACACAGGCAGGGCCUGGCCCCGGUGACGUUCUCCUCUGGUUCCCUGUCAGUCACCCCCCCCGCCCCGCCAAUGCCUCGUUGAGCGACCUCGGACUGAGCGCCUCUUAGCAAUACAGGGGGGAGGUUCCCAGGGCCUGGACAGCUGGGCUCAGGAGGCCAGCGGUGGCCGGUGCUGGCGGCCCUUGGCCUGGGUUGGGAGCUCUCAGGACGAGAGCCUUAUUUACUUACUUAGUGCAAAAACUGUAAAAGUGUACAGACUCUUCCCAGAUUUUUAUCUGAAUUGCAAGUCUGACGAUUUUUGUAAAUGUUCUUGGUGUUUGACUGUAAUGUAACUAUUUCAUCCAAUGGUUGUACAUAGUCCUUUAGUCCUGGUGCUGCCGAGGGCUGCCUGGGACCGCUGCUCUCCGACGGUUUUUAUUUUGUUUUUAAUCUAGAGAACAGUGCUGGGCAGGAGGCAGAGGGUGGGGAUUCGGGUGAUGGGGGUUUUCCCUGCCGGUGGCAUUUUGUCGGCUGUGCAGCGUGCUCUCUGGGUGGUGGGGACGUGCGACCUGCCUGGGUCACACUGAACCCGCGUCCCUGAGCGAGGAGGAGGGAAGGCAGUCCCUGCUCGGGGAGGCCCAAGCCCAGCCCUGCUGGAGAAGGCUCUCCCCUCCCCUCUCCUGCCAACACAGGGAGAAGGCUCUCCCCUCCCCUCUCCUGCCAACACAGGGAGGCCUGACAUUUUGCUUAACUUUUAUGUUUAGGGUGAAGGAAACUGCCAAACUUCCUAUAAGUGAAGACUCUUUCCGACCGCCCAGAAUGGGGGUGGGGAACCAGGGCCAGAGCUCCAGGCACCCCCCCCCCAACCCUGCAGAGCAUCUGCCCCGGGGUACACC